UCUCCUUCUACAAAUAGUCGGUUUGGAAGUGUUAUAGAAAGUCUGUAUUUUAAAUGUUAUCUCACAUCAUCUGCUCAUGUUCAUCAGCUUGUAUUUGUCGGAUGGUUUCUCUGCAAUCGCGACCUUCAGAGUUACCUGUAACACCAACUCUAACAGACAUGGUUACAAUCUCUGGAAGUAAGGAUCAGGGACGUCUCUCCAAGCUGCAGUUGAUGCAGUCAAAGCUUGACUACCUUCUACCACAAGCAAAUCUGUGGCCCAACUUUGCUCUGGAGUCUCAAGGAGCAAUGAUUUUAGCCAAAACGACAUCAAAACCUUAUCAGAGCCAUAAGGCAUGUCGAUUGUUUGGAACAUCUUUCAGGCUACCACCUAUGGGCCCAAACAUUGUUAUUAAGGGAAGAACACAUUUGAAUCCAGGACAAUGCUGGGCCUUUGCAGAUUUUCCAGGACGUUUAGACAUUGCUCUGUCCCACAAAGCCAACAUAACGCAUGUGUCCCUGGGACAUAUUACAAAGAUGGUAUCCCCCACUUCCUCAAUCUCUAGUGCCCCUAGAGAAUUUUCUGUCUAUGGAAAGAAGCAUUUAGAAGAUGAGGAGAGUCAUUUGGGAACUUUCCUGUAUGAUCAAGAUGGAGACCAAUUGCAGACAUUUAAAGUUCCUGUAAAUAUGUCAAAUUUAUAUUUUAUUAACCAAAUACAGUUAUUACAGAAGCCCAGAGUGACUGACCUUGUUAUAAAUAUUGAGCAUCUUUCCUAACAUACAACCAGAAGUUUCUUCACUGGGUAUUACUAGCAUUCAAUAUAAAAAACCCACUUUAAAUAAAAUGGCAGAUACAGUAUUAUUGUUCAUUCAAAAUGCUCCAAUGAAAAUUUCUAUUUAAACCAUAAA